AUGCCUUUACCAAUCAAAUAUCUAGAAAAAGAUAGUGUUUUAAUUCAAUCAUUAUAUUUAAAAAAUUUUCCAGAUAAUUUUACCUAUAUUCCUGAAAAUACAUUUGCUCUUACUGAUAAAAAUUUAAAUAUUGAUUUAAUAAAAAAAUAUUCUGGUAGAAAAUAUGAAUCUAAAAAAUGUGAAUGUAAAGUUUCACAAAUUUUUACUGAUGACUUUAAACAAUUAACACAGGAAGGAUAUCAAUAUGUUGUUACUUCAGGAUAUGAACAACCACUUACUAGAUGUGAUGAUAAAAGAUGUAAACUUAGAUUAGAUAAAUAUUAUGAAUCAAGAAAAGAUAGAAGAUUAGAAAUAUUUUUUAAAAAUAAUACAAUUGGAUGGGGAUUGAGAACAUUAGAAUUUAUUCCAAAAUAUUCUUUUAUAGGAGAAUAUGUAGGUUGGUAUGAAGAUUCUAAUGCUUUAAUAGAACCAUCAGCUUAUAUUUUUCAAUUUGGUUAUACUGAAUAUAAUAUUAUAUCAGAUGCUAGAAGAUUUGGAAAUUAUACUAGAUUUGCAAAUCAUAGUUGCAAUCCUAAUGUUUUAACUAUUGAAGCAAAUAAUAUGGAUUGGUGUUCUUUUACAGAAGAUUUAGAUAAAAAAAAUAAACGUAAAAUAAAAUACAAGUAUAUUCCACAGAUAUGGUUUAUUGCAGAUAGAGAUAUUUAUCCUGGUGAAGAAUUGUACAUAAACUAUGGAACAGCUUAUUUUUCUAAUGUCGAUUACAAUUGUUUAUGUGGAGAGGAUAAUUGUAUGAUUUAUAAAAAUAAAAAAUGA